CGGUCGGGUAGGUUCAUUAGGGAAGCCAAACAAAAUGACUUGGCCGAAAAACGUACGGCGCAUGUCGGCGCACGUCACGUCGAUGGGUUGUGCAUCCGAAUGGCCUCCCCGUGGGACCGUGUGCCAGGUAAUAGCGUAGUCCCGGUAGGAUUGUUCCACCAGGUACGGUCACACACCACGCACACUCGCACGCCAAAAAUCAACGUUCGCUUCACUUCCGGCAGUAUAAAAACCAUCCACCGGAGAAAGCGAUACCAUCAGUUACUGGGCAGAAUUUGUACCGUAGCAGUAGUGUCCUUUCGCAGCGGUAAAUCAAAAGUGCCCUUUCGUGUUGUUAACGAAAUAAAAAAAAAAAACCCCAACCAUGGAUGUUACCGUGGAAGACUUUUGCGAGGAAACAAACUUUCCCGAAUCGCCCUGCCCGAGCCCGUUCGAUCCGGCCAAGCUGCUCAACAUUGGCUUUCUACAGAUUAAUGGCCGCUUUACGCCCCAUUCCGGUCCAUCGUCCGUGUGCUCUACCAGGAGCUGCAGUCUUGCGACCACACCCGUACCACCGGAUUGUAACGAAUCGGAACAGGAGGAAGGUUACGAAGGAAGAUAUGGUGAGGAGGCAACGAGUGUAGUAAACCCGCCGCGCAAAUGGUCCCUACCACAUUUGCCAACCGAAGCGACGAAGUUUGAAGUUAGUGGCCGUGCGACACCCGUUUUCACCUGGAACCCAAUGCCCACGUCCAGCAAUGUGAUCUACGCACUAAGUGACAAAAAUCAGCAGAUCGUCUUUUCACAGCUUGAACAAGAAGCAGGAACCGAAACGAGCGUAUCGGAAGUGUCGAGUGCUGGAUCGGAUUGUGAAGCUGAGCUGGAAGAGGACGCAGAACCGCAGGAAGCAAAACCGUCGAAGGAUACGCAGAAGGAAGAUAUGUACCCGAACUGUGAUGUGAAUGUGUGGUUACGAUCGUGUGAGCAGGAGAUCGUUGAACCGAUCGAGGGUAAGGUACAGGGCACGAUACCGGACUGGUUGAAUGGUAGUCUGCUGCGAAAUGGCCCAGGCAGUUUGAAAGUGGGCGACAUGAUGUUCAAUCAUCUGUUUGACAGUUCGGCACUACUACACAGGUUUAACAUCGACGGUGGGAAAAUAACGUACCAGUGCCGGUUUCUCAAGUCGGACGCGUACAAGAAAAACAGUGCUGCCAGACGUAUCGUUGUAACGGAGUUUGGCACCAGUGCGGUACCCGAUCCGUGUCAAACGAUCUUCCAUAAAAUUGCCGCAGUUUUUAAUAAACCCGGUGUUAACAAUUCGGACAAUGCGAUGAUCUCGAUCUAUCCGUUCGGGGAUGAGUUUUUCGCAUUCACCGAAAGUCCGAUCAUUCAUCGGAUCGAUCCCGAAACGCUGGAUACGGAGGCGAAACUAAAUGUGUCGGAUUAUGUCGGUAUCGUUAACCACACGUCCCAUCCGCACGUCAUGUCCGACGGUACGGUGUACAAUCUCGGCUGCUCGGUUACGAAAACUGGACCCGCUUACACGAUCAUAUGCUUCCCGCACGGACCGGGCAUGUUUGAGAAUGCGCGCAUCGUUGCUUCGGUACCGGCACGCUGGAAGUUCCAUCCAGGGUACAUGCACACGUUCGGCAUUACGGAGAACUUCUUCGUGAUCGUCGAGCAGCCGCUUAGCGUCUCCGUUCCGACGAUGGUGGUCAGCCAGAUACGCAACCGCCCGAUGGCGGCCGCCCUCAAGUGGUUCGAAAGCCAGCAGACGUACAUCUACCUGCUGGAUCGUGAUACGGGCGAGCUGCGUCACACCUUCCACACGGAACCAUUCUUCUACCUGCACAUCAUCAAUCAGUACGAGCGCGAGGGUCACGUCGUGCUGGACAUUUGCUGCUACAAAGAUCCGGCCAUGCUAAACUGCAUGUACGUCGACACGAUGCGCAACAUGCAGAACAAUCCGGACUACGCGAAAAUGUUCCGCGGGCGUCCGUUGCGCUUCGUGCUACCGCUCCAGUACGGCAAGGAACGGACUAAGGGAAACCUUCACCGGGGUACCUCCACCGACGCCGGCACAUCAUGGGCGGAUAUGUGGCAAAACCUUAGCUCGUUCGCGACCGGUGAUAAUCUGCACACGAAGGAUGCCGGUUUGGUGCUACAGAAUCUUGUGCGCAUCGAAGAUUCGAAAGCGACGGCGUACGUAAUGCCGAAUCGUACCAUCUUCUGCAAACCGGAGCUGCUGUGUGAUUUGGGUUGCGAAACACCACGCAUCUACUACGAGCGCCAUCUCGGGCGCCCUUAUCGGUACUUUUACGCGAUCAGCUCCGACGUAGAUGCGAGCAAUCCGGGCACACUGAUCAAGGUGGACGUGGUGACGAAGGGUAAGCUAACCUGGUGCGAGGAGAAUGUUUACCCGAGCGAACCGAUCUUUGUGCCCGCACCGGAUCCACUGUCGGAGGACGAUGGUGUUGUGCUGGCGGCGAUGGUUUGGGGCCGUGAGGAAGAAAAUCGUGCCGGAUUGUUGGUGCUGGAUGCGAAGACAUUCACCGAGCUGGGACGGUGCGAAUUUGUAACGCCCGGUCCCGUGCCAAAGUGUCUGCACGGUUGGUUCCAACCGUCCGCGAAGUAAAUGGAAAGUAUUAUGAAACCUCGACAAAAGGUAAGAUUUGAGGACGAACGUUUACAAUACGAUCGAACAAUUUUAUACCAAAGAAGGGGAGGAUGAAAUUUGUAGCUUUCAUCAUCAUAUUAAACACGUUACGUUGGAUUGAGGGCGGAAGUAGUGGAACGUAGAAAGCAAUAGCUAACCAUUGCUCCACUGAACAAGGACGCUCCGGAGCGGAGUGUUACAGCGCUGUGCUACCUGUUACUGUUAUUGAGCUGUUAUCACACAUUACAACUCAUAAAUAUAAUCAAAUCGAUGUUUUGAAUUAAUAAAAUC